UUUCUGUCUAAGACACCUCUUUGACACAAUUCUUCUCUCCUGUGUCCAAAAAGUUCAGGCCAUCUAAUCUUCUCCCAAAAAUUACAAUCAGUGGCGUGAAAAUCAAUAACUGUAUUGUUGUUUAACCACAGAAUAAUGGAGACAGAUGAGCUCAAGCGUGUCUUUCAUAUGUUCGACAGGAAUGGUGAUGGAAGGAUCACGAAAAAGGAGCUGAAUGAUUCGUUAGAGAACAUGGGGAUCUUCAUGUCUGAUUCGGAUCUGGCGCAGAUGAUCAACAAGAUUGAUGUGAAUGGCGAUGGCUACAUCGAUAUUGAUGAAUUUGGUGCUCUAUAUGAGACCAUAAUGGAAGAGCGCGAUGAGGAGGAAGACAUUAGAGAGGCCUUCAAUGUGUUCGACCAAAAUGGGGACGGAUACAUUACCGUGGAUGAAUUAAAAUCUGUCUUAGCAUCGCUUGGUCUCAAGCAAGGGCGGACCGUUGAUGACUGCAAGCGGAUGAUUAAGAAAGUGGAUGCUGAUGGAGAUGGAAUGGUGAAUUUUAUAGAGUUUAAGCAGAUGAUGAAAAGUGGUGGAUUUGCUGCAUUGAGUUAACGAGAAAAUCGACAAGACCUUGGAGGUUGGAAUCUUGUACCCUUUAAGCAAAGGUCUGAGAACAGUUCUUAGAGAAGUUUCUGGGAUGGAGCCUUUACAACCUUAAUAAGCCAACUUGAUGCUAAUGUUAAUUAGUCAAUCAAGUGAACUUGGAAUACUAGAUGCAAAAUCAGAAACGAAAAAUAGAGAGAAAAAAACACUCAUUUUCCGCACUGUUACAUUUGUUUGAAUAGAAAGAAAGAACACAGAUAAAAAGGAGUUUUCCUGCUCUUUUCGUAGGUUUACGACUUGUAAAUAGUUUGUUAUAUUUUCUAAAUCUUUAUUUCAUGUUUUUUGGCU